GCGCGAUGACAAUAGGUUUCGUGUUAGAUGAGAAGCGAGAAAUUUGCCAUUCUCUGCUAGAUUCUGUCCUAGACAAGUCGUUUUGAGAUAUUUACUUAGCUUUUGCUUCGUUCGUGAAUUCGUCGUCUUCGAUUAGCUUGCUUAAACCACUGUUAUUUCACUUGUGUAAUAAUGGUCUUUUACGGCAACAAGUUCACCGGGAACUGUGUGAUGAAUACCCUGGAGGGUAGGCGUUGUAGGAGGAAGGCACCCCUGCCUGUUGAUGAAGCGGAUGAGUGCUGGCAGCACCGACAACAGCCAGCCGAGGUCCAGCUGUGCUCUGCACAUAUCGGGCUUCAUGGGAAUGGCAGACGUUGCAGCCGGCGUGGACGUCACUCGCUAGACGAAAACGCCGUUGAACUCUACUGCACGCAACACGUCAACAAGUUGCAUCGCGAGAACGGUCGUGCGGAGGUCGUUCCUGCUCAUCGCCAACAGCAGGAUGAACAGCGUAGGAGGGCGGAGGAGCGUGAGCAACUCCACCCGAGACGAAGGUCACCGCGUCUGGUAGAGCGAGAGAUCGCAGCUGCCGCCGCUGUUCAACUCGCCGCUGAGAGAGAGCAACGUCGUGCCGCCAAUCGGGCAAACCAGAACCUGCGGAGGUCAGCCCGGAUUGCCGCGAGGCGAGGCAAUGUGUGAUAAUAGCCUGGACUGAUUCGCAGAAGCAGCAGGGGGGAGACCGAGGGGGGAUACUGGGUCGAACACUGCUGAGGUUCUCGGGACGUAAACGCCUUGCUAUAGGAGUAGUAGGGAGGAAGCUGAGAUGGGUAGUGCAUGGUCACUCAAAACCAGACCCGCUGCACUAUCGUGGUCAAGAAAGACUGGGUGUGGUCAGUCGAGGUAGACGCCGGAGGCCAUUCCCUUUCUUUGACCGCCUGUAGAUAUUUCCAAGAAGAUCAGGCCUCACCGUGGGACGCGCACACACGUCGUAAGUAUGCAGGUAUUUCAAUGUCUACCUUGUGAUAAUUUAUUCCUACUCACCAGAUCAGUUUACCCAAUACCUCCUAGUAGAAGUCAUGUAUACCUCUUAGGUUUGACAUGUUGGUUACUACAUUGAGA